UGGGGCCUGGUGCAGCAGCGCCGCUCAGUGCCGGUACCGGCGUCAGGAAGCGCAUCCGGCCAGUGAUCCGCUGUGGCGACCCCUAACGGGAGCAGCCGAAAGAGGAACAACACAACAUUAUAUUACAUUAGCGACGUCUCCACAAUUAUUAAGCAAAAAAAUAAGCCAAAUCUGUGCUUGACAAGCGUGUGUGUUCACGAUUCCUAUGACGAUGAAUAAUUUUCCAAGUCUAACUAUCGAGAUUCUAAGUAACUGGAGACAGAGCUUUGUAUGUCUAUAGCGCACACACUGUCACUGUAACGGCUGUGAGGCGAUUAAACUGCACGCAUGCGCAAACAACGCGCAAGUAUGGCGACUACCAGUGAGAACUUUGAGUGUAGGGAAAGCACUCUGAGGAGAAGAUACAAAGGCGAAACUCUUAGUUUGGGGGAACAGUCAGACAACAGCGAUAGUGAAACAGUUCAUCAAAAUGAGAAAUACAAUAAGAAAGAAAAGGUUGGGUUGGGAACAGGGACUUACUGGCUCACUAGGAUUGUGCUAUUGAGGUCUAUUGCCUUCGUGUAUUUUGUUGCCUUUACUGUGGCAUACAACCAGAACAAACAGCUGAUUGGGGAGAAGGGCCUCACACCUUGUGAAGACUAUCUGCGUAGUGUCAAACGCUAUGUGGGUGGUAAGAUCAGCAUGGCUGCGCUCACAUACGCUCCCACUAUUUUGUGGUUCUUGGACUGGGAAGACAUGAAUGCCAACCUAGAUGGCAUUGCCCUGGCAGGACUGGCACUUUCUGGCUUUGUCCUCUUAUUAGGCAGGGCCAACAUGAUUAUCAUGGCAGUGCUGUGGAUCCUGUAUCACUCUAUAGUGAAUGUUGGACAGCUGUGGUAUUCCUUUGGUUGGGAGAGCCAGCUACUUGAGACAGGAUUCCUCGGUAUUUUUUUGUGUCCUUUAUGGAGUCUUGCACAAAUUCCCCGUCACUGUCCACCUUCUCUCAUCUCCAUCUGGUCUUUCCGCUGGCUCAUAGUGCGAAUCAUGCUUGGGGCAGGGUUGAUCAAGAUCAGAGGAGAUCGUUGUUGGAGGGACUUGACCUGCAUGGACUAUCACUAUGAGACACAGCCUGUUCCUAACCCCAUCUCAUACUUUUUGCACCACACCCCUUGGUGGUUCCAUCGUUUCGAGGCCAUAAGUAAUCACUUUAUUGAGCUCAUAGUGCCUUUCUUUACUUUCAUGGGCCGACGCAUGUGCAUGGUAAAUGGAGUCCUGCAAAUCCUCUUCCAGGCAGUUCUUAUAAUCAGUGGGAACCUUAGUUUCCUGAACUGGCUAACUAUAGUACCAAGUAUAGCUUGUUUUGAUGAUGCAGCCUUAGCAUUUCUGUUUUGGCCCAUUCGACAAACUAAUCAGACCUUACUGAAGAUGCAGAAUGAGGAGGCAGCAGGACAAACAGCUACUAAAGGCAUGCUCAUUAGACGUGUGGUUAAUGUGGCUUUUGGAAUUUUAAUUGCAUAUCUGAGUGCUCCUGUGGUGAUCAACCUCCUAAGCCCUAGACAGGUGAUGAAUACGUCUUUUGACCCUCUCCGCAUUGUCAACACUUACGGGGCUUUUGGCAGCAUUACUAAGGAGAGAACAGAAGUGGUGUUCCAGGGCACGCUGAAUGCUACACAUUCUGGUGAGGGUGUUGUAUGGGAAGAGUAUGAGUUCCUGUGCAAACCUGGAGCUCUAGAUAGGACACCUUGCCUCAUUUCCCCUUAUCACUACAGACUGGAUUGGCUGAUGUGGUUUGCUGCCUUCCAAACAUAUGAGCAGAAUGAAUGGAUCAUUCAUAUAGCAGGCAGACUCCUAGCGAAUGACUCCACUGUGCUCUCAUUAAUGGACCACAAUCCAUUUCAGGGCAAAGACAAACCUCGGUGGAUACGAGGAGAACACUUCAGAUAUAAGUUUACCAAACCUGGCAGUGCUUCCGCAGCCAAGGGGAAAUGGUGGGUCAGAAAGCGCAUUGGGCCUUACUUCCCCCCAGUCAAUUUGGAAGGCCUCAGAAAGUACUUUCGGUCAAGAAAUUGGCCGCUACCAGAUAUCUGAAUAGGUCACACUGACAUCAGUUUACCACACAAAAAGCAUGAGCACCUUGAAAAAUUCAGGCAACUGUGUUGGCACAUGUGUUAGAAGUACUCUAAGGACACUGCACAUAGGUGCAGAAGAUAUAAACAUAUUUGUUGCAAUAUGUUAAAGUUCAAAUGAUAUAUGUAACAUAAAAAUAAAUUUCAAAAUAAAUAAUGAAAUGAAUGAUUAUA